GCGGGAACUGAAAAUACAGACUUCAGUCUCUCUAACCACCUUUAUCUCCUUUCUCAUUUCUUUCCUCGUUUAUUCUCCGCCGUGAACCACCGCUACUCCGCCACCGUUAAUUUACAAAAUCUUCACUGUUUCGAGAUCCAUCCGUAGCGUUCACCAUAUUAUAUACAGUUAACACGUUAUAUGCAGUGUAUAGGAGAAAUAUAGGAGUUCUUUUUAUCAGCGCAAACACGUUAUAUGCAGUGUGAGGAAUCUGUGCGGACGUAGCAAAAAACAGAGUGCGAGAAAAGUUGAUCGUAACGCGUUGUGUUCCGAGUGAUCUUUGGGAAGAAAACUGAUCUAUAUUCAUACUGGGAGAAGCGUUGGAAUAUUUCAACUUUUGUUAAAAAUAUUUGAAUUUCUGUUUGUUUUAUCAAACCUUACGGUAAAGUUUGGGUCAAUUUCAACGAUUUUAAGCACUUUCGGCUCCAAAUCUGAGGCUCUGCUUUUAAUCCAUUGAAAAGUCGUGAUUUGCGCUCGACGUACUCUGUUUUGCAAAUUUACCAAAGCUUACGGUAAAGUCUGUGUCGGUUUCAGCGAUUUUAAGUACUUUCGGCUCCAAAUUUGAGUUUAAUAAAUAUCCUCUGUUUAUCCAUUGGAAAAUCGUGAUUUUCUCGUCAUUUUGAGAAGAAGAAACGAGUUAUUUUGUUGGCGGUGCUUGACGUACGUAUUCUGUUUUACAAUUUCGGAGUCUGGGGAAAAGUUUUUUUUUUUGGGGAGUAUAUAUAUAUAAGCUAUGGAACAGAAGAAUAUGUUGUUGUCAGCUUUGGGUGUGGGGAUAGGAGUUGGAGUUGGGAUUGGAUUGGCUUCAGGUCAGACGGUUAGCAGAUGGACUGGUGGAUCCGCCGCCAAUGUUAUUACACCUCUGAUAAUGGAGCAAGAGAUACUCAACCUUAUUGCUAACGGCAAAGAUAGUAAAGUCACCUUCGAUGAGUUUCCAUAUUACCUAAGCGAGCAAACAAGGGUGUUGCUGACAAGUGCAUCUUUUGUUCAUUUGACAAAUGCUGACUUUGCUAAGCAUACUCGCAACCUCUCCCCUGCUAGUCGAACAAUUUUGCUGUCAGGGCCUGCUGAACUUUAUCAACAAAUGCUUGCCAAGGCAUUGGCUCAUUACUUUAAUGCCAAGUUAUUGCUACUGGAUGUAACUGACUUUUCACUGAAGAUGCAAAGCAAAUAUGGAGGAGCAUGCAAAGAAUAUUCUUUUAAAAGGUCUAUAUCCGAGACAACAUUGGGGCGAAUGUCUGGAAUGUUUGGAUCCUUUUCCAUGCUUCAGCCUAAGGAGGAAAACAAAGGCACAUUGCGUAGACAAAGCAGUGGAGUAGAUGUUGGAUCAAAAGAUGGGUUGUUAAAAGCUACAAAUUUGCGUAGGAAUGCAUCUGCCUCGGCCAAUUUGGAUAAUUUAACUUCAUAUGGCACAUCAGGAAAUCCAGCUCCACUUACGCGCAACAGUAGCUGGUCUUUUGAUGAGAAGCUUCUUAUACAGACCUUAUACAAGGUUCUUGUCAAAGUAUCAAAGAGCAGCCCCAUAGUACUGUAUCUAAGGGAUGUCGAGAAGGUCCUUUGUAGAUCAGAAAAGAUAUAUGUGUUGUUCCAGAAAAUGCUGAAGAAAUUGUCUGGAGCCAUUCUAAUCCUUGGUUCAAGAAUUGUGGACCCUGGAAAUGAUUAUAGGGAAAUAGAUGAAAGGCUUUCCUCAAUAUUUCCCUAUAACCUUGAAAUUAAACCCCCAGAAGAUGAAACUCAUCUUGUUAGUUGGAAGUCUCAGCUAGAAGAGGAUAUGAAAAUGAUCCAGUUUCAGGACAACAGAAAUCACAUAAUGGAAGUACUUUCUGCUAAUGAUAUUGAAUGUGAAGAUCUAGGUUCAAUUUGUAUGUCAGACACAAUAGUCCUAAGUAACUAUAUAGAAGAAAUUGUGGUAUCAGCAAUCUCGUACCAUCUGAUGAACACAAAGGACCCUGAAUACAGAAAUGGGAAGCUUGUUAUUUCAUCUUCAAGCUUGUCCCAUGGAUUGGGCGUAUUUCAGAAAGGAAAAUCUUCUGGGAAGGAUACCUUAAAGCUUGAAGCACAAGCUGAAACAUCGAAGGAUGCUCAAGGCCGAGAAACCAGUAUUACAAAACUAGAAGCCAAAGCUGAAGGUAUCCUACCAGAAAGCAAAGGUGAAACUGAAGCUCCUGCUCCACCGGUGAAGGAUGGCAACGUAUCAACCUCAACGCCUAAAGCUCCUGAAGUUCCUCCAGACAAUGAAUUCGAGAAGCGCAUAAGGCCUGAAGUCAUACCAGCAAGUGAAAUUGGUGUGACAUUUGCUGAUAUUGGUGCCUUGGAUGAACUCAAAGAAUCUCUACAGGAAUUGGUGAUGUUGCCUCUGAGGAGACCGGACCUAUUCAAAGGUGGCCUUUUGAAGCCGUGCAGAGGAAUACUUCUAUUUGGCCCCCCCGGAACAGGGAAGACUAUGUUAGCUAAGGCCAUUGCCAGUGAAGCUGGAGCAAGUUUCAUCAAUGUCUCUAUGUCUACAAUUACUUCAAAAUGGUUUGGAGAAGAUGAGAAAAAUGUCCGUGCCUUAUUCACUCUUGCAGCUAAGGUCUCUCCCACUAUUAUAUUUGUGGAUGAGGUUGAUAGCAUGCUUGGACAGAGAUCUCGUGCUGGGGAGCAUGAAGCUAUGCGGAAAAUAAAGAAUGAGUUCAUGACCCAUUGGGAUGGAUUACUGACAAAAGCAGGUGAAAGAAUUCUUGUUCUUGCUGCUACCAAUAGGCCAUUUGACCUUGACGAAGCAAUUAUUAGGCGUUUUGAGAGAAGAAUUAUGGUUGGUUUACCGUCAACAGAGAACAGGGAAUUGAUCUUGAAGACAUUAUUGGCCAAAGAGAAAGUUGAUGAUGGAUUGGACUUCAAGGAGCUGGCAACAAUGACUGAAGGAUACUCUGGAAGUGAUCUCAAGAAUCUGUGCACCACUGCUGCAUACCGGCCAGUUAGAGAGUUGAUACAGCAAGAAAGACUCAAAGACCUAGAGAAGAAGCGGAGAACUGAGGAAGCUAAGAGUGCUGGAGUUGCUCCACCUGCAGAUGAAGAUACGGAGGAUAAGGUGAUCACUAUCCGGCCUUUGAAUAUGGAAGACUUCAAAGAAGCCAAAAAUCAGGUUGCAGCUAGCUUUGCGGCUGGAGGGUCUAUAAUGAGUGAGCUAAAACAAUGGAAUGAGUUAUAUGGGGAAGGAGGAUCAAGGAAAAAGGAGCAGUUAUCUUACUUCCUGUAGGAUAGAACUAAUUUCCUCUUCCUGCACCCUUCUCGACCUGCCAAACAGUUGGUUUCUUCAGAAACUUGAAAUGCUAACACAAGAAAGUUGAUGUUAAGAGGUGAUGGUAGUAACAACUUAGUCUAGCUGACCCUGCUUGCUUUGGAUUUAAUUGUUGUUUUGUUGCUUUUGUAAUAUUAACAUGUACACGUCAAAAGGUAAUGUAUUGGUUCUUUCCUUUUUAACACCCAAGGAAAAGUAAGAGGAAGAGACUUGAGUAGUCUUUUUCUUUCCCUUAUUUGUAAGGAAACCAACCAAUCGUGCCUUUUAUUUACAAUGUAAUGUAAUGAUAUACCAGAAAUGGAUUUGAUGUGUGGAUUGAAGGAA